CUCCUGCGCUGCCCGUGUAUAAAUAGGGGCGCAGGCAUCGCCCAGCUAUCUCACUCUCACAGUCACAGCGUCCCCUACCUGUGACGUUUCCGUGUUUCCCCUUCCGGGCGUUCUCGCCUCCUUCUUCCUCGGAGCAAGGUUUGAGGACCCGACUGGAGGAUAACCAUGGGGGAGAGUGCUGGAGAGCGUGCCCUGAGCCGUCUCCACAGCGUAAGGGAGCGUAUCGGUGAUUCCCUCUCAGCGCACACCAAUGAGCUCGUCGCCGUCUUCUCAAGGCUUGUUAACCAUGGAAAGGGAAUGCUUCAGCCCCACCAGAUCACUGCUGAGUACAAUGCUGCUAUUCCCGAGGCUGAGCGAGAGAAGCUGAAGGAUACCGCCUUUGAGGAUCUCCUAAGGGGGGCACAGGAGGCAAUUGUCAUCCCUCCAUGGGUUGCUCUCGCCAUCCGGCCAAGGCCUGGCGUCUGGGAGUAUGUGAGGGUCAAUGUGAGCGAGCUUGGUGUUGAGGAGUUGAGUGUCCCUGAGUAUUUGCAAUUCAAGGAACAAUUGGUGAAUGAAAGCACUAAUAACAACUUCGUGCUUGAAUUGGACUUUGGGCCAUUCAAUGCCUCCUUCCCUCGGCCAUCACUGUCGAAGUCUAUUGGCAAUGGUGUGCAGUUCUUGAACAGGCACCUGUCAUCAAAGCUGUUCCAUGACAAGGAGAGCAUGUACCCCUUGCUCAACUUCCUCCGUGCACACAACUACAAGGGGAUGACCAUGAUGUUGAACGACAGAAUUCGCAGUCUCAGUGCCCUCCAAGAUGCACUCAGGAAGGCAGAGAAGCAUCUGUCAGGCCUUCCAGCUGACACCCCGUACUCAGAGUUCCACCACCGGUUCCAGGAACUUGGUUUGGAGAAAGGUUGGGGCGACUGUACUCAGCGUGCACAUGAGACUAUCCACCUUCUCUUGGACCUUCUCGAGGCCCCUGAUCCAUCCACCUUGGAAAAGUUUCUCGGAACAAUCCCAAUGGUGUUCAAUGUUGUCAUCCUCUCUCCUCAUGGUUACUUUGCUCAGGCCAAUGUCUUGGGGUACCCAGAUACUGGUGGGCAGGUUGUCUACAUUUUGGACCAAGUCCGUGCUAUGGAGAAUGAGAUGCUGUUGAGAAUCAAGCAGCAAGGUCUUGACAUUACACCGAAGAUUCUAAUAGUCACCAGGUUGCUCCCUGAUGCACACGGCACCACCUGCGGCCAGCGCCUUGAGAAGGUCCUUGGCACUGAGCACACCCACAUUCUGCGUGUGCCAUUCAAAACAGAAGAUGGGAUUGUUCGCAAAUGGAUCUCACGUUUUGAAGUCUGGCCUUACCUGGAAGCUUACACCGAUGAUGUGGCACAUGAGAUUGCCGGAGAGCUGCAGGCCAACCCUGACUUGAUCAUUGGAAACUACAGUGAUGGAAACCUUGUCGCGUGUUUGCUGGCACACAAGUUGGGGGUUACUCAUUGUACCAUUGCUCAUGCCCUAGAGAAAACCAAGUACCCCAACUCUGACCUUUACUGGAAGAAAUUUGAGGAUCACUACCACUUCUCCUGCCAGUUCACCGCUGACCUGAUUGCAAUGAACCAUGCUGACUUCAUCAUCACCAGUACCUUCCAAGAGAUUGCUGGAAACAAGGAUACAGUAGGGCAGUAUGAGUCGCACAUGGCAUUCACAAUGCCUGGCCUCUAUCGUGUUGUCCAUGGUAUUGAUGUCUUCGACCCCAAGUUCAACAUCGUCUCCCCUGGUGCUGACAUGACCAUCUACUUCCCAUACACUGAACAACAGAAGAGGCUUACCUCCCUCCAUUCUGAGAUUGAGGAGCUACUCUUCAGUGAUGUCGAGAAUUCUGAGCACAAAUUUGUGCUGAAGGACAAGAAGAAGCCGAUCAUCUUCUCGAUGGCUAGGCUGGACCGUGUGAAGAAUAUGACUGGCCUGGUUGAACUGUAUGGCAAGAACCCACGCCUACAGGAGCUGGUAAACCUUGUGGUUGUCUGUGGAGACCAUGGAAAGGAGUCCAAGGACAAGGAGGAGCAGGCCGAAUUCAAGAAGAUGUUUGAUCUUAUCGAAGAAUACAACUUGAGUGGCCACAUCCGCUGGAUUUCUGCUCAGAUGAACCGCGUCCGCAACGGUGAGCUCUACCGCUACAUCUGCGACAUGAAGGGAGCCUUUGUGCAGCCUGCUUUCUAUGAGGCCUUCGGGCUUACCGUGAUAGAGGCCAUGACAUGUGGCCUUCCCACAUUUGCCACUGCAUACGGUGGUCCAGCUGAGAUCAUUGUGAAUGGCGUAUCCGGCUACCACAUCGAUCCAUACCAGAAUGACAAGGCCUCCGCGCUGCUCGUGGAGUUCUUCGAGAAGUGCCAGGAAGACCCAACCCACUGGAACAAGAUCUCGCAGGGCGGACUCCAGCGCAUCGAGGAGAAGUACACCUGGAAGCUGUACUCUGAGAGGCUGAUGACACUCUCUGGUGUCUAUGGUUUCUGGAAGUACGUCUCCAACCUCGACAGGCGCGAGACUCGUCGCUACCUUGAGAUGCUCUAUGCUCUCAAGUACCGCAAAAUGGCUACCACUGUUCCACUGGCUAUUGAAGGCGAGGUAUCGGGCAAAUGAUCUGGCCUUAUCGAAGAAAUAAAAGGGCGGACCAGCGCCCCACUUUCCCAUUCCUGAUUCAGCAUUGAAGCACAGAUUGGAGAGUUUUAUAUGGCUUUGCUUUUCCUAGGUUGUAGUUUGAGGGAACCUAGUUCCCGUGAGAGUCUCUGUGUUGUCUGUGGUAGAGGAACUGGAUGUGAGGGAUGUACUCAGUGCUCACUGGUUGGUACUUUUUCAUGGAUGCUAUGAUUUGAAUGAAUAAGACAAGUCUUUGUUUA